GGCCUGCCUCCCUCCUCCCUUUGCUUGCUAGUUGCUGUUGCUGGUGCUGUUCUUCUUUGCCUCCUGAGCCUCCGAAAGGAAGGAAGGAAGGAAGAGGAAGGAAGGAGGGAAGAAAGGAAGGAGAGGAAGGAAGGAAGGAGAGGAAAGGAGGUCUUUCCUGCUGCAGGUCUAUGGAGAGGAGCUCGUUGCUGCAGCUCAUCCAGGAGCAGCUUGAUCCCGACAACACGGGCUUCAUUGGCGUGGAGACCUUUGCCAGCCUGGUGCACAGCCAUGAACUGGCCCUGGACCCGGCCAAGCUGGAAAUGCUGGUGGCGUUGGCCCAGAGCAACGACGAGGGACAGAUCUGCUACCAGGAGCUGGUAGACCUGGUCAGUGGCAUCAGCAGCAAGCGGUCCAGCAGCUUCAAGCGAGCCAUUGCCAACGGGCAAAGAGCGCUGCCCCGCGACGGGCUCCUGGAUGAGACUGGGCUGGGUUUCUACAAGCGCUUUGUGCGCUAUGUGGCCUAUGAGAUCCUGCCCUGUGAGAUGGACCGACGGUGGUACUUCUACCAGCACCGCGCCUGCCCUCCGCCGGUCUUCAUGGCGGUGGUCACCUUAACCCAGAUCAUUGUUUUCCUCUGCUACGGGGCCCGGCUGAACAAGUGGGUGCUGCAGACAUACCACCCGGAGUACAUGAAGAGCCCCCUCGUCUAUCACCCGGGGCACCGAGCUCGAGCCUGGAGAUUUCUCACUUACAUGUUUAUGCAUGUUGGGUUAGAACAGCUCGGCUUCAAUGCCCUCCUGCAGCUGAUGAUCGGGGUUCCCUUGGAGAUGGUCCACGGCGUCCUCCGCAUCAGCUUCCUCUACCUGGCCGGUGUCCUGGCAGGUUCCCUGACGGUCUCCAUCACUGACAUGCGGGCGCCUUUGGUUGGGGGCUCUGGGGGCGUCUAUGCCCUCUGCUCAGCUCACCUGGCUAACGUCGUGAUGAACUGGGCAGGAAUGCGAUGUCCCUAUAAGCUGCUCCGCAUGGUGCUGGCCCUGGUGUGCAUGAGCUCUGAGGUGGGCCGAGCCGUGUGGUUGCGCUUCUCACCCCCGCUGCCCUCCUCGGGGCCCCAGCCGAGCUUCAUGGCUCACCUGGCUGGGGCCAUCGUGGGCAUCAGCAUGGGCCUGACCAUCCUACGCAGCUACGAAGAGAACCUUCAGGACCAGUGUGGCUGGUGGGUGGUCCUCCUCUCCUAUGCCACCUUCCUGGUCUUUGCCAUCUUCUGGAACAUCUUCGCUUACGACCUCCUAGGGGCGCAGGUCCCACCGCCCCCUUAGCACCGUGCCCAGCCCCAGUUCCUUCUGCAACACUUACUCGCCCUGGAAGUGCCAAAAUUGCAGACAUUGCUGGGGAGGGAGAGGAGAGGGGAGGGGAGGGCGGGCGGGCCUGGCUCGGCUGGCGCACACAAGCGCUGGGGCCCAGAGCGCAUGCCGCGGGUCGCCUCUCUGGAAUGACGUUUCUGCCGGACGGCAGAAUAUCUGCAGGAUGCCAAAAAACAAUCUAAAAAGAACCUGUGCUUGGCUCCUGCGGGGAAGCCAGACAGUCGCAUGGACAGGCAGCAGCCUAGGAAUGAACCAGUGAGCCCCUCCUUCCCUAAAACUCUUUGUAUGCCAAACCUCACCUGCUGAACAGGUGCUGCUCAGUUCCUCAAGGCCAACCAUUUCCUUUAGCAAGGGUGUGCUCACCUAUUCCCACUUUGGCAUGAGGACUUCUGUUCUGGGGAGCGGGCCAAUAGCGUGACAUUCUCCUUUAGCUUUUGUGGACUUCAGAUCCACAAAUGGCAUCUCACCUAACCUCUGCCCCACCCAGAACUGCUUAGCAGCCUGCAGAUUGAAAUUUCAUAGAAUCCUAAAGUUGGACAGAUUUGGCAGAAGCCUUCAGAUCAUUCCUUGUUCUCUUGAGUGGCCCAUUGUUGCCAUUCCCCUUGCGGUUCUUAUCAGGCCCUUGCUUCUCAGCUUCUGUUUGGUGUCUGUGGGCUUCUAGUGGCAGCUAACCUUCCCUUCCAUGUGUUUCAAAAGAGGUCGUAGUCUAUAGUGGGUAGGAUGGGAAAAGUCAUACUUUUCAAGUGGGAAGUUCUUCUCCCUGGGAACUGCUUUGGGUUCCUAGUCUAUAAGGAUGGGACCAUGUGUUGUUCCAUGGCUCAGUCGCAGGGUGCCAGCUUUGCACGCACAAGAUCCUGGGUUUGAACCACAGCACCUGGGGCUGCAAAAGAGUCCCAUCUGCAACCAUUGGAGAGUCACUGCCAGUCACUGUAGAGUCCAAUACCAUGCUGUCUGGACCAACGGUGCCAUUUGGUCCCAAAGCACUUUCCGGUAUCCGUUGAUGUGUUCCAGAUGCUCUAGCCUUAACGCAGAAUCCCAGAUGAACCUUGCGUCUCAGGAUCUCUGCAACAUCAAAUGGAGCUGAGAGGGUUACACCCCAUGCCUCCCUUCCGCCGCCUUUCCUAUCCUUCCUUUUAUAGGUCUCACCAAGGUGUGUAGCAGAAGCUCUUUCUUUGGUCUUGAUGGAAUAGCGACUGAACAAUCAAUCCUGUGUGGGACUAAAUGCUGGGCCUUCGGAAAUGGUUUCUAGAGCAGGGGUUUGGUCGAAGUCAGGGAUGGCCAGCUUCUGGAAUCUCAGGUGGGUGGGAGAGUUUGCAUGGGGUGAACAUGGUCCUCCAUGUUUUGUUCAGGGUCGAGGGUGGGGAAGGGUGGAAAACUCCUUGGCCAGCCAAGCUGGUUGAAACACGACAGGUUCUGAAGCUCUAUAAUCAUACAUGCACUUUGGAGUUCAGGAGUAGUGUAGCGGAGGGAUUUAUUACAAAAGGGAGAGAGAGGGAGAUCGUGUUUGGGACUUUGUAUGCCAAAGAGGACCACUGGAACACAUCCUUUGCCUAGAUGAACUCCAGACUUUUCCAUGAGAAGGAUUGUCUCACUAGGGUAUGGGGCCAAUCAAGGACAGAUGACAGCAAAACCGUGCCAGUCCAAGUGUUGCUUCUGCUACAAGACAGGAGCCCCAAGGCAAAGUAGGAGGCAUUCCAUGUGCAGGAUUGGCAUGUCUUUCUCCAUUACACUAUGGCAGAGAAGUUGCUUUAAAUGGCAAAAGACUGGGAUCCGGUCGUCAGUACCUCCAGGGUCCCAUUCACCCUGCAGAAGGGUAGCAUUGUUAGUCCAUUUAAACUGUCAUAGUUCCAUUGUAUAGAAUCCUGGAACUGGCAGUUUUGCUGUAGCCCUGUGCCCUCAAGGACUAUCUAGCUUACGGUGAUCCUAAGAUGAACUUGCAUAGGGGUUUUCUGGGCUGAGAGUGUGUGACCUACUCAGGGCCAUUCAGUGGGAGUUAAAACCCAAGUUUAUGGAGGAGCGUUUAUCCUCUGACCAACUACAGACCCCCAAAUGGAAACAGGGCUGUUGAAGUGGAGGCAUGGUGCCAUCAUUCUACAGUGUGAAUGGGAAGGAGAAGGUGAUUCUACCUUAAACCCUGGAGAGCCAUGUCAAUACUGCCAGUGGGGGAAGAGAACGUGGGUUGGAAGCGGGGAGAAAAGCAGAAAGACUAUCAUGACUAUUGCUCAUUUGUCUAAUGGAAGGCUUGGCCCUAACCUUAGGCCAUAGCCAAUCAAGAUGAUUGGGUUCAAACAUUGAGAGUCACUGUGGACACAUACUUGAGUCCACCUGCCCUCCUCACUAAGGCUUGGGAGGGUUCCUGGGCAGAGUUGGCACGUUUGCUUCCCUUCAGAAUAAGUCCCAGAAUUUGCUAGCCAGGAUAAAACAUGGGCAGAAGUUGCCAUGCUUGGAUAUUUUGGGAGGAUCUGGAAACAUACUUGGUGCAAAUUGCCUGCCGCUGAUUCACAGUUCCUUUCCGGGACUACAGUUCCCAGAAACCUGUCACCGGCCUUACCUGGCCAUGCUGCCUGCAGGACUCUGAGAGUUGUAAUCCCAGGAAGGUACGUUGCUGAACUCUGUUCUUUAGUGUCAUGGUUUCAGACAAACGUGUGUGCUUCUACCCCAUUACAAAGGAAAAGGAGCAUGGAAGUGUGUGUGUUUCAAUGCAUCAUGUGCCGUGAGACCAAGGAGGAUGCGGUUCAGCAGCGGCUCUCUGGUGACAUGGCCUGACAGUCGCCUGCAGGUCUUGCCAUAGCAGGCUGUUGGGGAAAAGAAAAUCAUGUUUUUAGAAGGAGAGAUGAGGCAUAGGACUACUGACAAAUGGUGCAGGCUUGAACACUGAGUGGAGGAAACUGGGAGGGCAGGGAGGCAGAACUUCCUGAAAGUAAAUGCACUACCCAAAUCUGCAAUGUGAGGGGGGAAGGGAAAGAAAUACAAAUAAAUAUUUUGCACACCU